AUGCUGAUAUUAUUUUUAUUGGUUUUUUUGUUGGAUUUUCGAGGAGCGGUUUUGGGCGAAAAUGAGGCUGUGGAGAUUGUGGCAAAUGAAGUUUUGGGCGAGCCGAGUGUUAGGUUAGUUUUUUUUUAAAUAAAAAAUUUGCAUUUGGGAUUGAAUUUGGGACCCGGGGUUACUAAAUUUGUUCAGAAAAAUCUGAAAAAUUCUGGCGAAAAAUCUAAGCUUGAUUGAUGUCAUUUUGACCCAAAUCUCAUCCUGAAUCUUAAUAAUUACUGUAAAAUUCUGGAAACUCCAGAUUCAGCUUUAUAUUCUAGUUCUUAUAACGACAUCCUCCUAAAAAUAAAUAUUUCUGAAAAUUCUAGAUUUCCAGGCUAGGAAACUGUAAAUUCAGAAUAUCAUUUCGAAAUCCCAGGCUCUCAAAAAUCGAAACUCUUGCCGCUAUUUUUUUACUUGUUUUUUUCUUCUCGCACGUGUGUUCUCAAAAUCAAAUUAUACUUUUUCUUCUUUUUUCUCGAAAACAUCUUCUUUUCAUUCAUCAAAAUGUAAUUUACCCUAACUCUUCACUUUUUCUUUCAAAUUCUUUUGAAAAAAAUUCAAUUUCAUCCGAACUCUUUUCAAGGCACUUUUUUCGGAAAAAGAGUAAAAAUAUUUUUAGAUGUAAAAAAAAUUCUAGAAAUUGAAAAAUUGGGUGGAAUUGAACUCUGGCUUUGCAAAUGGUCAGCCAAAAUGCACAGCACUCGACCACGCGAGUCUUUUUUCGUUGUCAAAAUAGUGGGAUAUAAAAUUGAGCGAAAAAUUCAAAUUUUCCCCCAAAACUCAUUAAUUUCGCCUUAUUCCUUAAAAGUACAUAAUAAAUCAAGUUUUCCCUCUUUUUUUCAACCAAACAUCAAAAUUUAUUGUUUUCACCUGCAUUGUUUUCAUUUCUUCUCUUUCAUUUUUCUCCCAAAAAAUUCUUAUCUGAUUUUCCUCGAAAAAAAAACAAAAUCCUUUCACUUUACAUAUUUUCCUCCCAAAAAACUGGCAUUUUUCAUCAUCACCGGAAACGUAAUUCAAAGCCUUCGGCUGCUGCUCAAAUAAACUGUCUGCGUCUCUCGAAAACCAAUUCUCUCUUCUUUCUAGAUUUUAAUUUCAAUUCAAAAAAUAUGGAAAUUUUUUUCUUCUCCCAAAAAAUAUACGUAUUUUUCGCCCCGAAAAAGUAUCAUUCUUUUUGGAUUAAAAGUUUCGCCGCAAAAAUUUGCAUAAAAUCUUUCUCAACUCUUUUUUUUACUUUGAAAAGAAAAGUUCGGGUGAAAUUGAAUUUUUUUUCUUGAAUUCAGAAGAAAAAAAGUGAAAAGCUCGGGAGUAAAUUACAUUUUGAUGAAUGAAAAGAAGAUGUUUUCAAGAAGAAAAUGGAUAAUUUGAUUUUGAAAACACACAUGUGAGAAAAAACAAUUUUGUGAGAUUCCACGGGGACGAUUUGAUCCAAAACUUGCCUGGUAGAAAAGUUGUCUUAUUAAAAAAUUGCAACUCUAUGAAUAUAAAAUUUUUGAAACAGUGAAUUUUUUCAAAAAAUCUUGAAAAAACAUUCUGGGAAUUUUUUUCAGAUAAACUUUCACAGGAGUGAGAUCUCAUUAUAAAUCUAAUUCAAAGUUGAAUUUGGGAAUUUCUGAACUACUCAAAAUUUUCCGCUAAAGCCAAAAAUCCAUCGGGAAAUUCUUGAAUCUUCAGAUUCCUCAUAAAAUGUGGUCUAUAAUGAUACCUCAUAACUUUUGGCUGUAGAAAAUCCGUAAUACUAAUUAGAACCCAAGCUCAAAAUUUCUGUUCCAGCUGCGCAGCCGAUGCAAUUUACGUCAAAUUCCGCACUAAAUCCACAUUUCUUGGCCACGUCGAUGUCAAAUACACACCAGACAAAUCAUGUUUUCAAGUAAGUUUUGAAAUCUCAAACAUUUUCCUCAAAAUCCCAUUUUUUUAGAGCCUGGUGACGAAUAAUCAAAUCGAGGUUCUAAUUCCACACGAAGAAUGUAUGGUGCCAAGAAAAAGGUAUGUCCAGCAAAAUCCAAAUCCAAAUUUUCAUUAAAAUUGUAACAAUAUAAAUUGCUGAAGUACUUUUUCCGCCUUUUUGGGUUUCUCGUAGUAGCUAAUUAAUUUCGGACCACCCAUGACACAAAAAAGAGGGGAAAUUUAAUUUUAAAUGGGUUUGUGAUGGUGGAUGGGUGAAAAAGAAAAAGAAAAGGAGAAACAAAGCACAUUGUGAGAAAAAGGGGUGGAAAAAUAUAGAAAAAUAUUUACUGUUUCAAAAUGUUGAGAUAUUUUUGGGAAGACGGUACAUUUUUAGUGUAAGAUGAAUACUAUUUAUAAAUUUCUGGAAUUUUCAGUCUAAUAUUGAAUUUCAGCAGAGAAUUUUAGAUAAUCCAAGUUUGAAAUUUUUAUCUGAAAAAUUUUGAAGGAAACUUACCUAAGAUUGUUUGGGAUCUUCAGAAUCCAGAUGUUAUUUGAUCUCUGAAACUUCUGGAAGUAAAUUUUCAGAUUGCAGAUAAGAAAACUUAUCUCGAAAAGCAAUUGAAAUAUUACAAUUUUUUGAACUCAUAUAUUCUGUCCAAUCCGAAAAAUUCCCCUCAAGAACCUACAAUUCCAGAUCGCUCAUACCAAUUGGUGUUCUUUUGGAAGUCACCAUCUCAGUUUCUUUCAAUCCCGAAUUUACAACAGCCGAUGAUCGAGUUUUCAAUCUUCAAUGUUUCCACAAACAAAAUUCCACAAAAUCUGAAAAAAUGAAGAUAUCUGAAAUCGGUUCUCCAACAACACCAUCUCCUCCACCGAAUUCACCAAAAUGUGAUUAUUUUGUAUUUUUGGAUGAAAAUCGAAAGAUUCCAGCUGGUCGAUUAUCUUUGGGUGAUCAAGUUUGGCAUUUUUGGCAAUGUUCCAAUAUUCCAAUCAAUAAUUGUAUUAUUGUUGAAAAUUGUGAAUUAGUUGGAGGAGAACAAAAAUAUCAAGUUAUUGAUGAAAAUGGAUGUUCGAAAUAUCAACAUAUUAUGCCACAAUUGAAUUAUCAAAAUGAGGUAUGGUUGAAUCUCGAAGUCUUUGUGGAUUUGAAAAUUAAAAAAAAAAUUAAUUCUCAAAGUUCGGAUAUUUAAAUUGAGAUAAAAAAUUAAAUAAAAUGUGUUCAGAAAUUGGCCCAAUUUUUUCCAGAUUCUAAAAAUCAACUUUAAAUUCAGAACUUCUAGUUCUCGAAUUUUGAUAGAUCCAAAUUUGUUUUGACCAAAAAAUUUUUUGGCAAAAAUACAUCAAAUCUUUAUGCAAUCAUAUCGGGAUACUGUAGUCAGCAAAUGUUUUAUGUGUGUAAUUGUGCGUUGCGGUGUAUGUGUGCUCCAGAAACCGUUUGACUUUAUUUGUUUAUUUUUUCGAGUUUAGUUUCGGGAGAAACAGGAAAUGAAAGCUCAAGAGAUAAACUAAACAACUGUUAAAACACCUUUUUUCCAACUGGUUGGCUGCCUAUAAAAGUUUUGUUGAAUUGAAAAAUUGAAAAAUUUGGAAUUCAAAUUUCAAAUGUAUGACCUUUUUCAGAAUAUCUUAAACAGUUUUCAAAAUUCAUUUUUGAAGUUUGGAGCCAACCUCAAAGCUUUUUCUAAAAAUCCCCAAUUUUUCAGACUUCGAUUGCUUCAGCAAAAGUCAAAGUAUUCGGUGUUUCCCAUACUCCAAUUGUCUAUUUCUCUUGUCAAAUUCGCCUGGAAUCGAAAAAUUCAGAAACUGGAAUUUGCCAAAAACCCGACUGUCCCUCCUCAACAAAUCAGCGACACAAACGUGAAACUUCGAUUCCGAAUUUCAUAGAUGUUAGAUCUCAAAAUCUGGAGAUAUCUCAACUUGCCGUAACUGAGUCUGAAAAAUUGGCUCUAACUAACAAUGAAAAUCUGGCUGAAAAUAAAGAGGAGGAAAAGGUGGCUGAAAUUCAAGCGGAUUGUCCACAAGAAUCAUCUUCAGUUGAAAAAUCGUCGAGGAUUUGUGCGGAAUUUCAAGAUGUUUUGAUUGUUUCAAUGUUUUUGACGAUUGUGAGUUUGGUUUUCUAGGCCACCUCAGCUUUUUUUAGGCCAGACCUCCCCUCAAAAGUCAUUUUUCCAGGGUUGCAUAAUCACAACAUCAGUCGUGGUGGUUCUAAUAAUUCGUCGACAAAAAUACGAAAUCGCCAGUAUGACGUAG